AACGUAUCGUGGCUCAGACGUCUGAAGUCAAUGAAGCCUAGUCUCAUAAAAUGUAAAAUUUAGGCGUCAGACAGGGCCAGAAUUGCUUCGUGGGCCCUGCCUGAUCUAGUCAGUUUCAUAGUCUGCUUCUUUGCACUGCAGGGCCUUGUAUUUUGUGUUGAUGCAAAGUUGGACCGAGUUAUGAAAUACGUGUGGCGAGUCUCCCAUGGAACGUACUGCGUGUGGAACAACACGUCGAAUAGCGAAGUCCAUAUAGUGAUCCAAUGAAUCCUUGAUCGGAACUCCGACACAUGCAUCAGCCUUUUCGUAGACCAAAGGACGUCAUGGUUUCACCAAAGACUUUUCAUCCCUGUGUACCAGUGAUUUGGUUUGUUUUCGUCGUUUUGCACAGGGGCCUGGCCCUUAAUAUCGUUGGCAAACCAGCAAGUCAGAGCACAACCUACAUGAACAAUGAAGAUGCGCAGCCAGGUUUGGCAGUGGACGGACUUCGAACCACCGCUUCUCACACAGAGUGUACCGGAAGCCAGUGGUGGAAGGUUGACCUUGAGGCAGCGUACUGCUUAACAAAAAUCACUAUUGUCAACAGGCAAGACCACCAAAGGGUGCGGUUAGAAGGUGCUGUGCUACGUGCUGGUUUGAAUUCAGAUCACACCCAAAACACACAGAUAGGAUCUCCAGUCACUUCUAGUCAAGCUUCGUCUACCGCCGAUAUUGACUUCCUUAGUGCAGCCGAUCGUCUCUGCUCGAUACGUCAGCGUGGAAUUGUCCGGGAAUUGCCUUCAUAUGGCCGAAGUAAUGGUCACUACUGAGACAAGCACGGUGACGCUAACAGCUGUUGGUUCCACGAGUGUAAAGGUCAGUUGGUCCCCAGUCACCUGUGCGCAAAAUUACGCCGUGGAAUAUGCACUGACAAAUAGAGAUGAUUGCGAACCGAUCAACUCACCAACGUACAUCCAGCACUGCAUCUGUCAGGGAAGCGAGACGACAAUCAAUGACCUGCUGUCAUAUUCUCGGUACACUGUCAAAGUCAAAGUCUUUGUCAAUGGGGCUUAUGGACCAGAAACACAAGGACAGACCACUACAGGCACAGUCGUACCGACGGCAUCACCAACUGUGAUUGAAGCUUUAUCCGUUGGCCAACGAAGCCUCACUUUCACUUGGAGACCUCCGCUGUGUGGAAACAGAGGCGGUGUCAUCACAGGAUACGAAUAUAUGCUCAUUAACCUGAAUUCUAGAUCAAGUACCACUGGUACUGUGACUGGGGAAGAAGUCGUAUUCCAUCAACUCCUUCCAUUCACUUCAUACAGUUUCCAGGUUGCGGCAACCAACGCUGCUGGGACAGGCCCAUACAGCGAUGCAGUAAAUACAAGAACAGAACAAGCAGAGCCAACAGUUCCCUUAAACGUUCAUUUCCAGUCAGUAGACAACGUGUCUGUCAUUGUUGAGUGGUUGGAACCAGACCCUCCAAAUGGACUUAUCACGCACUAUAAUGUUCGCUACUGGAGGAUUGAAGAAAACAAUAACUCGAAGACCGACGUUAACUUGACUGAACUGACACAUCGUGUAACAGAUCUCCAAGCGGGUGCAACAUACCUAUUUCAGGUGCAAGCCGUGACAUCAGCUGGUGCUGGCCCUUGGAGUGAGGCUAUCAACGCAAUGACAGCAAUCGGAGUUCCUGGACCAAUAAGAAACCUCACUUAUACAGAGAAAACAGAAACGUCGGUCACCUUGUCGUGGGAGCCACCCCUGAAACCGAGAGGACCAAUCACUGCGUACUUAGUCGAGUACAGGAUCUUGGAAAGUCUUUCUCCACCAAAACUAACUGCAGAAGUCACGUAUCAGAGCAGCGAAGCUCAGCAAUCACCUUUUCUUCAAGGCAACCUCAGUCCUGGCACAAAAUAUGAGUUCAGGGUCCUAGCGAGGAAUGGAAUGUUCAAGGGAACUUCUGAUUACGCUUUGGAGGUUUAUACUAAGCCAGUGACAGAUUUACCUGCACCACCUCGACCAACUCUCGACCAAGGCGAAACCACAGAUACAACAGUAACAAUCAGUCUAGUUGCCCCAGAAUCUGAAGAGUACAUCGAGUCACAUGUUAUUCACGUUAAGAGGCUUGCUGUUUUGUCAGUCAACAAAAGGGAAGUCCUCGUACCAGGACGCUACGAGGACCCUGCCAGCGGGUACAUUACGGCCAGAUUUCUCAAGCAUAACCUCCCGGAGAUGUUUGUAGUUGGAGACUCUAAGAUGUAUGGUGGCUACUGGAAUGCACCACUACAGAGAGAUGCUGUGUACAACAUACGGUUGGGGACCGUUAGCAAAGUCAACGAAACGGCAGUCAGUGUCACAUACUCGGAGCCACUGACAGUUUCUGUCCAACCUCGGGAAGGCAACGAAGCAACAAUAGCAGCUGGAGUGCUGGGUGCGAUUGUGCUCGUCUUGGGAUUGACUGUCACUAUCACAUGCGUGGGGUGGAGAAGACAAAGUCAAGAAAAAAAAUCAAAUAGUUCCACUGUGCAAGCAACCUUGGAAUUGGCCGACAAACCUGCAGCUAACCCAAACGAGUCAGCAGUUGCAGACAAUGGGGAGAGCGUCAUUUACGAGGAUAUGGGCCUUCCUUCCGGGGUGCAAAAAAUGGAAAUCAAACGGGGGAAUUUGGUCAUAGAAGACGUUGUUCUUGGGAAGGGUAACUUUGGCGAAGUACGGAAAGGAAGAGUUCAGAUCCAAGGCAAAUUCAACAAAGCAGCUGUCAAAACACUAAAAGAUGGCGCCUCUGAUGCAGCUGUAAAGGAUUUCAAGGAGGAGUUACAGACAAUGGCUAGCAUCGAGCCUCAUCCUAACAUUGUAUGUCUCUUGGGGGCGUGCUUUUACGAAGGGAUCCUGUGCGUCGCACUUGAAUAUCUUCCUAAUGGCAACCUGCGAGAUUAUUUGAGGAGUAAUCGGCCAAAACAGAAGCAUGAAAAGGAGAGGAACACCGGAGCCACUCCUUUGACCUCUUCAAAUUUGUUGAAAUUUGGCGCAGAUGUAGCCAAAGGAAUGGACCAUCUUUCUAAGACAGGGAUCAUCCAUCGUGACUUGGCCGCAAGGAACGUUCUUCUUGCUGAAGACUUAACCGCCAAAGUCUCUGACUUUGGCCUUUCCAGAGGGGAGGACAUCUAUGUUCAGAAAUCAUCGACGCGGAUUCCAGUCCGCUGGUUAGCCGUCGAAUCUCUGACUCGCCGUGUCUACAAGUCAAAGAGUGAUGUAUGGUCGUUUGGCAUCCUGCUGUGGGAGAUAGCAACAUUUGGCUCUACUCCGUACCCUGGGAUUGAGAGCAAGUCACUGGCUAAAAGACUGUUGGACGGAUACCGCAUGCCUAAGCCGGAAAACUGCGCUGAUGAAAUCUAUAAUCUGAUGCUGGAGUGUUGGCAGGAGAUUCCAAGCAGACGUCCAACCUUCAAAGAAAUCAAUGAAGCCCUCAAGGACAUGAACGCCAAUUCGGAUAAAAAUAUUUACAUGUCACCCACCAUCUACGAGAACUUCAUCAUCAUGAAAGAACUCGAUGAUAACUAGGUCAAUCAGCUGACCCUUAUCAUGGAAAUGAAUCAACGUAAAAUUUUCUAAAUAGGAGGUUAGUUUGUUUUCUUUAAUGAUGUAUGUAGUGAU